UCGGUGCGUGCGGAUGGGGCUUUGUCGCGUUUCGGUCGGUGUCCAGUCGGAUUAUGUUUUGAACCAUUCCUCUGUCGUGCGUCUCGUUCACUCUACCGGGCCGUUGGUCGCGUCCGAGUGAGAUCGAAGUUCUAAGUGUUUUUUUUUUUUUGCUGUGUGCUGUGUGUGCCAGUUCGGGGUGUAAGUGAAGUGCUUCUUUUCUUUUCUUUUCUUUACUUUUCGUGUCGGAUUGGUGAAAAGCACAGAAACGCAACAGCGGUGGAUCAAAGAUUCGGGCAGGUUCUCGAGUAACCAGACCAACCACCGUAACGUAAUCAGGAGGGGGAAAACGGCAAAUAUAAUUAGUGUGUUCUGUGUGAUAUUUUUGUGACCUACACGGGGAGUCUAAAUGAAGAGGUUAUAGCGACUGACAGCAUCCAAAAUGCGGUUUAAUUCUCUCUUCGCUCCCACCAUCGGAGUGCUCAUACUAGUGCUAUGCUCAUCCCGGACCGCAUCGAUACAGGUGGAGAAGGAAGCCUACUUCAAUGGUUCAUCGUACCUUAGGUUAAAGACGCCAAUGACCCUAUGGAGCCAUUCGGCGAUUAGUUUUAAGACCUGCCGAGGGGGAGAAAUCCUGUCUCAGCGAUAUGCCAGCCAUGCCCUGCUGGUUUCAGUACUGCCGGAUUCGAUUUCGAUAGUGCUGUCAGCGCCCAAUAAUCAACCGCUCGAGGCGCGUGUUCCGGGUCGCUACCUGGACAACAAAUGGCACACGCUACAGUUCGUGUACCAGCUGGGCACGUUGUACUGCAUCAUCGACAAGCAGUCGACAACGAUCGCCAAUCAAACCCUAAACUCCCAGCUGAUCACGAACAAAUACAUCAAGGACGAAGCUGCGGUGUUGAUUCUGGGUAAUCACUACUCGGGAUGUUUGCUGCACGGUCCCGGACUGGUGUUCAACCAAAGUGCAAUGAACUACGAAGGGGUUGUGUUUGGUCCCUGUCCUUUGGCGCCAGGACCGUGCACGGAUCAUGACGUGCUGGCUGGGCCACCGAAGGAUCACUGCGCUACCGAUCCUUGCAUGCAGCAUGGAACGUGCAUUUCACGACCCGAUGGGUACGAGUGUCACUGCACUUCAAGGUUUAAGGGAAAAAAUUGUGAAAUUGACACGGGAAAUCCUUGCCAGUCGCACCCGUGUCAGCAUGGGAGCACCUGUAAAGAAGAUCCCAAAGGUGACUACAAGUGCAUCUGUGCCCCGGGAUAUACGGGUAUUCUUUGUGAAACGGAGCUCAGCUCCCAUCCGUUGUGUGAAUCGAAUCCGUGUCUGAACGAAGGAAUUUGUCGAGUUCCGCCGGGUAAAAAUAGCUACGAGUGUGACUGUUUGAAGGGUUUUAUCGGAGCACGGUGUGAGAUCAACUGGGACGAUUGCAAACCGAAUCUGUGUCUGAACGGUGGUAAAUGUGUGGACGGAAUCGAUGCAUUCACCUGUGACUGCAAGGGAACCGGUUACGGGGGAACCCUCUGUCAGAACAACAUCGACGAGUGUUCGGUGAAUCCCUGUCUGAACGGGGGAACCUGCUUCGACACGUACGGAUCGUAUCUUUGCGAAUGUCCCACCGGUUUCACCGGUGCCAACUGUCAGCUUAGCGUCAACGAGUGCAAAUCGCAACCGUGCCAGCACGGUGGCACCUGUAUCGACACCCAGGAGGGCUUCGAUUGUCACUGUUUGCCAGGAUUUUCCGGAGAGCUGUGCGAAAUUGCACCGGGCUGCAGCCAGUGUCCGAUCGAUUCCGACUGCAUCGGUGGUCAGUGUGUUUGCAAACCGGGCACCACAGGUUCCCGCUGUGAAUCACCCAUCGCGUUGCCCUACUCGGACAAGGACAAAGAUUGCAACUGCCUGAACGGUGGUAGCUGUCCACCGAACAGUUCCACCUGCAUCUGCCCGCAAGGAUACGAAGGACAGCACUGUGAAUCGCUGGCGGUCUGUUCGACAGCCAACUGUCCGGAACCGUUCCGCUGCAUCGGAGGGAAAUGUCAGUGCCCGGAAAAUAUGAACUGUGAUCAUGUGUGCGCGUCGUCGCCGUGUCUCCACAAUGGUUCCUGCUUUACGCAAGGUCAGGACUACUUCUGCCAGUGCCCGCCGGGAUACGAAGGCAAACGGUGUGAAAGUGAUGUGGAUGAGUGUAAAAUUAAAGAUAAGAUCUGUGUGAAUGGUAUCUGCCAGAAUACGCCUGGCUCAUUUCGGUGCUUCUGUACGCCCGGUUAUACCGGGUUGAAUUGUGAUCUCGAUGUCGACGAGUGCCUUAGCCAUCCUUGUAAAAAUAAUGCUCAGUGUUUGAACCGGGAAAAUGAUUACGAGUGCAUUUGUCAGCCGGGAUACAGUGGGAAAGAUUGUAGCAUCGAUAUCGAUGAGUGCGAAAGCAAUCCAUGCUCGAAAGGAUCCACCUGCAUCGACAAAGUGGCCAACUUUUCCUGCAUGUGCAUCCCCGGAAUGACGGGCCGGCUGUGCGAGAUAGACAUCGACGAUUGUGAGUCUCAACCGUGCCUGAACGGAGGUCGCUGUAUCGAUCAGUUGGGCGGAUUCCUGUGCAACUGUAACCAGACCGGAUAUUCCGGUUCAUUUUGUCAGCUCAACAUCGACGAGUGUGAAUCGAAUCCUUGCACCAACGGUGCCGAGUGUAUCGACAAGGUGAACGAUUAUACGUGCAAGUGCUACCCGGGAUACAGUGGAAAAAAUUGCGACGAAGACGUCGACGAGUGCGAAUCCAAUCCCUGUCAGUAUUCGGGAAAGUGUCUACAGCGGUCCAACAUAACACUGUACUAUUCGAACAAUAAAAACCUGCCGGCCAUUUUUUCGCAACAGUUUUCCUUCCAAAAUGCCAGUGGGUACGAGUGUAUUUGUGUACCCGGAACGAUGGGUAAAAAUUGUGAGGUUAACAUCAACGAGUGCGACAGCAGUCCGUGUAAAAACGGGAAUUGCGUUGACGGAAUCGGGAACUAUACGUGCGAGUGUGAUCCGGGUUUUGAAGGGCUCCAUUGCGAGACGGAUAUUGACGAGUGCUUGAAGUACCAACCAUGUGUUCAUGGAACCUGUAUGGAUGGGCGCAAUAAUUACAACUGUGAUUGUGAUGGGCUUUGGGGAGGAAAGAACUGUUCGGUUCGACUGACAGGGUGUGUCAAUGAACCGUGUCUGAACGGUGGUGCUUGUAUACCGUAUUUGGAAAAUGAGACUCAGCAUAAGUUUAACUGUUCCUGCCGGCAGGGAUUUCAGGGAAAAACGUGUGAUACCGUCACGACAAUGUCGCUUGCUGCUAGUAGUUUACUGAUCGUGAACACUUCCCGAGACGAAGGAUACGAUAUCCAAUUGAGAUUCAAGACAACCUUACCGAAUGGAAUUUUAGCAUUCGGAAAUGGAGCUACCUCAUACAUUCUAGUACUGAACAACGGUCGACUGAAUCUCCAUUCGGCACUGCUGAAUCGCUGGGAAGGAGUAUUCAUCGGAUCCGGCUUGAACGAUAGCAAAUGGCAGAAGGUGUUUGUGGCGAUCAACUCGUCGCAUUUGGUUCUGUCGGCCAACGAAGAACAAACGAUCUAUCCAAUCAAUUCCUACGAGGGAACCAACGGUAGCAAUACAUCCUUCCCGAUCACCUAUCUGGGAGGAACAACGCCAACACUGGCUCAACCUUACCUGAAACACAUCGCCAGAGCCGUAUCCAGUUUCGUCGGUUGCAUGGAAGACGUUGUUAUCAAUGGGCAAUGGGUGCUCCCGGGUCAGGAGCAAGAGUUUACAACUCUGCACAAUAUCGACACCGGAUGUCCGCGAACGCCACAGUGCGAACCGAAUCCGUGUAAUUCAAACGGUCACUGUACCGAUCUGUGGCAUACGUUUGCCUGCAGUUGUCAGCGGCCUCAUUUGGGACAUACUUGCAAGUACAACAUAACUGCAGCGACAUUUGGCCACGAAAACACCACCCGGUCAGCUGUCAAGGUCAUCGUAAGUGAGUCAGCGCGUCGCGCCAUUCGAUCGGUUUUGGAUAUUUCAAUGUUUAUCCGAACCCGGGAAGGAUCAGGUAUGGUGUUCUACCUUGGAAGUGAUCAGGAUAUGGAUAACAAUCAAAACCCGGCCGAUGACUCGUAUGUGGCUGCUUUCCUGUCCAAAGGAGAACUGCUCGUCCGUAUGAGUUUCAACGAUACACCCGAAGGCUACACGGUCGGUGGUAACAAACUUGACAACGGUUAUCUACACUUGAUUGAAGUCAUCCGGAACUCUACGCUGGUACAGGUCAAACUGAAUGGAACUGAAUACUUCCGAAAAACACUCUCAUCUUCGGGUCAACUCAAUGCUCAGGUACUGUAUCUGGGUGGACCUCCGCCGUAUGCCGAUUCAAUUAACAGUUUGUACAAAGAUGAGUUGUACAAACUCGCGGAAAAGCAGUUCUUCAAGGGUAUAAUUCAGGACGUUCAGGUGUCCAAUGGAUCCCACGCCAUGAUCGUCGAACUGUAUCCAUUGAACGAAGAAGGUCUGAUUCUACCGCCACCAUUCGGAAAAGUCACCAUCGAUCGCAGCUCGGUGCUGGAGGGCGUUGUCACAGACGACCUGUGCCGUAAUCAACCCUGCAAACACGAUGCCAUCUGUGCCAACACCUGGAAUGAUUUCGUUAACUGCUGCAGGUGGAACCACUUGAAGGAUACUCUCCAUAAGCUUAAGCGUAUGUGGAUAGAUCAACUCUUAGCUAGAUGCACUUGUCCGCGAGGCUACAAAGGCAAAUUCUGCCAGGAGAUACAGUUCUGUGAGCUGCAGAAAUGCCCUCAGAACGCCACAUGUCAGAAUUUGGACACCGGCUAUGAGUGUAUUUCGAACAUGACUUUCCACGAUGACAACGAGCCGUUGAAAUACUCGUUCAAUUCGGGUGCGGUGGAUCUUCUGCACAAUGCUAAGGAAAGUAACAACAAUAACAACAACAUGGAAACGAUAGAGAUUUCCUACCGCACCAAGUUCGGCGGAACUCUGCUCUACGUGCAGGACAGUGACAUGUACUUUGAGAUUUCGACCAUCAGAAAGCUGGUCACCAUUUCGUGGCGACUGUCAAUGGACCUGCCGGAACAGUACCGAUUCGAGUAUGAAGAUGAUGACAACUACGGAUGGCACACGGUGUUCAUAUUGGUCACGCCGAACGGAAAAUUGGAAGCCGGAUGGAAAGGAUGGGAAACGCCUCUGGAUCCUCAGCCUACUAUCUCGGUCAGUAUCGAUUACUUGGCGUUCAAACAUCUGUUCUCGGGCAGGCACUUCAUCUACUUGGGAGGUAUGCCCGCCAAUGCCGGUAUUGAGAGCAAUUCCGUUGUGAACGGUGGAAUCGAUAAGGGGUCAACCUUCAAAGGAUGCCUCGGAGAAACCCGUGUCGGAGGAUAUUUAUUACCAUAUUUUCCACACAACGUGAUAUACCCGGACACAUUCCAAUUUAGUGGUCCUCAUUUCAAUCUUAACUCAAGUCAACCGGAAGAGGGUUGCGUACUGUGCUUCCAGCAGUCCUGCAAGAACGGUGGAAUCUGCAGUAAUCCGUCGGAGAAGUAUGCCUGCGAUUGUCCGGCCGGUUACGAAAGUGAUGACUGUUCACAGAACAUCGAUGAAUGUCUAACGGCCAACUGUACCAACAACUCGACCUGCAUAGACGGAGUGGCCAGCUUUACCUGUCGGUGCCUGGAGGGUUACGAGGGAGAUCUGUGCGAAUUCGAAAUCGACGAGUGUAUGUCCAAUCCGUGUCAUAACGGUGGAACAUGUACCGAUCUUGUGGCAGGCUACCAGUGCCAAUGUACGGAGGAAUACGUGGGACUACAGUGCGAUACGUUCCGGUUGGUGACCUGUGAGAAUCAACCGUGCAGGAACGGAUCGAUUUGUAUUGACGGUUUCAAUUCCACAACGGGUAAUAAUUUUACUUGCUCCUGUAAGACCGGUUUUGCUGGACCACUGUGUGAUACUCCAUUCUGUCUGCUCGAAGAAUGCCGAAACGAUGGAGUGUGCAUUGCCAACGACGAGAAUGUUCCCAUCUGUCGGUGUAAUUCCGGAUAUACGGGACGAUUCUGUGAAAUCGAAAUCGACGAAUGCGAAUCGGCACCGUGUCUCAACGGUGGCCAAUGUAUUGAUUUUAUAAAUCUCUACCGAUGUAAUUGUUCGGGCACCGGAUUUGACGGGCUAAAUUGCGAAAUGGAUAUUGACGAAUGUUACGAAGAACGAAUCAAAUGCGGUGGGCGUGGUUUGUGCAUAAAUACGAGAGGAUCGUUCAGGUGCCAAUGUGACGAAGGCAUGUGCGGGAAGGAAUGUGCUCAGAUUGAUCCGUGUCGUGACAAUCCAAGCAUUUGUGAAAAUGGUGGAAUUUGCAUAGAAGACUGUGACAAAGACUAUCGGUACUAUUGCAAUUGUACCGCCGGAUUUACGGGAAUCAACUGUUCCGAGCAGGCUGUACUGGAAGCGGAGGGAACAACCGGUGCGGACAUUGCCCUCAUCGUGGUCCCCGUGGUGAUCGGCAUCCUGGCACUGGCAGGAGCACUGAUCGGGACGUUUCUGGUGAUGGCACGGAACAAACGGGCCACCCGCGGCACGUACAGUCCCAGUGCCCAGGAGUACUGCAACCCCAGACUGGAGAUGGACAACAUGCUGAAGAUACCGCCCGAAGAACGACUUAUCUAGUGUUUUUUUCUUCUACGAACUGCGUUCGUAUCAGUGUUUCCUUGUUGUACGUUAAGUGAGCUUCGUGUUUUGUUUAUAUUUUCGUCGAGAGGAGCAAAUGCGCGGAAAAUUUAAAAUCCUACGGUCAGGUGUCGUUUGUUUUUGUAGAUAUGAAACUUUAAUGAUCUUGUUAUGGCCACGUGGUUGCAUGAUUGUGAAUAGACUACAGACUUUUACUCAUAGUAGAAAAAAAACCAGCUUAAAUUAAAAUAAUCACUAACUAGCUUUUAAGUUAAAAAUACAAAAUAACAUCCCGUGGAUCAACUUGUGAAAGAGCUAGUGGUAGAUUUUUGUACUUAAAAUCUAUAGGAAGGCGAACAACAAAGUUUUAACUAAAUAAUAAAUAAAUAUUGUGAUAUGAAUCCCUUACACAGAAUAUGUUACGGUAAGACAAAAAUGAGUAUUUUAACGUAACUCGAAGCUGUCCUGAAAAAUAAAACACUCGGGAGAUUGAAUCUGAACAUGCCUUAAUACAAACACUGUUUUUUUUAGAAUGCUUUAAACUAUCCAUGCGAAUUCCGUCCAUUAGCAUGCUUAUAGGCCCUUUUAAUACAAUGCAAAGCAAACUAAUGAAAAUACCUAAAUUCAAGUGCCGUAUGUUUUGAGAAGAAUACGAAAUUUUACUGCAACCCAAACUUCCUUAAAUUGAAGUUGGACUAGAAGAAUAUAUGAAAGAAGUAAGACACUUACAUCUCUCUUACGGUAGACUGAAAUUCUUGAACGGAAAUUAGAUGCCUUCAUUUUAACUAGUGUUCUUAUUACUGUAGCAAAGUAUUUUUUUUAGGUAACUAUGAACAAGAACGAUGCUGCAUGUUUGUAAAGUAUAUUGUAAGUUAUAAAGCAGAUAUUUUAAAACGUCGUUGAUAGGAUUAGUGUAUAAUAAAACGAAUAAAUAAAUAUUUAAAUCCAUAAA